AUGACAAUUGUAUUUGGAGAUAACUUUAAUAUCGUUGAUUGGAUUAAUAGUAAUUUAGCUGCACCACAACAAGGCACAGCAUCUGAUUACGAAAAGGCCGCUUCUUCUCUUCUCACGAAACUUCAACUACAAUCAAGGGAUGAAUCUCAAACCGCUGAUCAAAAUAUUAAAGCAUUAACUUCUGGAUUGCCACAAUCUAUGGCAAAAUUGUCUCAUAUUGGCUCUACCGUUGAUGAGCUUUCAGAAAGUUUACGAAAUUUAACAAAUAGCGGCUAUAAAUUCAAAUCAGGGAAUAUCCCUGACAAGAUUGGAGAACUUAGUUCUCUUAAAUCACGUAGAGAUCGUUUAAGAGAAUCAGGUGAAAUUAUUAAAAACGGAAUACGCAUUGAAAGUGAUAUUCAGCAAUUACAGCAGCAAUGCAAUACUGGUCCACUUAAAGAUAUUUGUGCUCAAUACAUUAGAGUUUCUCAAGCCUCUUCUUCGCUAAAAUUAAUUUCCAAAUUUGAAUCAUUGAAUAAGAAUUUACAAUCAAUCAAACAGACAAUCGAAGAAAGACUUAAACAUUUGAUGCUUACUGCAUGUUCUGCUCAAAAUGCUUCUUCAUUUAUUGAAAAUUCCAAUUUAGCCAAGCAAAUCUCAAGUGAAGGCCUCGAAAUGGAAGUUGCCACACAAUUUAUAUCAUCACGCAUCAAGUCAAUCCACAAUAACUACAACAGCGGAGAUCUUGAGUUAUUAGAUUGGGUUCAACCGUGUUACAAAGACUGUUUGCAGACAGUAGUCGAGUUUUCGAACUGGUGUCUAUCACUUACACCCCAUGUUUUUACUUCCCGCAUUCAUGACCAAUUUAUUCAAAUUAUUUCUACGGGAAUCAAUCCAUCUAUUGAAUCCCAGUGCAAUUUACUACUCAAAGAUAACAAAUUCGACAAAAUUGUUGACGUUAUCAACGCUCUUGAAGAUUCAUGGGCUCAAAUUCCUCCGUCAUGGUAUUUACCGGAGAAAUCCCACCAGAAACUAUUAGAAGGACUCAAAAAGACCAAGACAGACUUCAUUACUCAAUACAAAUCAUAUCUUGAAGCACAGUUAUCUUCAGGAUCUCCUGUUUUACCGAAAAGCAACACUUCUGACAGCCUCAAGCAGCCGCCAGGCAGUCCAAUGAAGCAAUCCACGUCAUCCAUGUUUGAUACACUUACAAUGCCUGUUUCAACUUCUGGAUUUGAUACAAAAUUACCAGAAUUUGUUCAAAUUGCGAAGAAAUCACUCAACUGGGCAUCACACAUCUCAACGGAUAUCUCCAUGUGCAUCAGGUUGUCCUCUUCCUUCCUUUCUAUCGCUAUAAACGGCGCUUCAAAGGAAAUUCUGAACAAUCUGGCCAAACUAAAAGUGACAACCAGUCAAAAUGACGAUGCCAGCAAAAUCAAGGCUUCCAUACAGGCAUACAAGACAGCGAAAGAGCAACUCGUUCUUAUAGACGAAUACGAGUCUUCCUGUCUUGCUCUUUCCCCAACAGCGUCUCAUUCUUCGAGUGAAAACUCGAACAAAAUGAUCGAACAAAUAGAAAAAGAGGUAAUUAACGCGAUGGCAGCGCCUUCCUUGAGAUUGCUUGAGAAACUGAAGUCGGCACCUGAAUGGGCAGAGGAUAAUGACCUGAGCGAUGUCGAUCUUGGCGAUGAUGAGUCGAUUUCGAUUCCGAUUCAGGAAUCUUUGUAUAUUUCUGGCAUUUCUAGAAGUAUUUUUGAGAUAAUUAAGUUGCUGACUAAUGAUAGCGCACUGACUGAUGAGACAAGAAGCGAGUGGAUGAACAAAACAACUGAUUUGAUAGCAAAAUCUUUCUUAUUAGAGAUAACGGCCAUUCCUUCAUUCAGCGAAUCAGGUUGCGCACAGCUAAGAACUGAUUUAGCAUUCAUAAAUCAGAUGCUGGAAACUCUUGGUCUUUCUUUUGGAAAAGAUAUCGAAGAUGUAAACAAGAUCGUAAGCGCAAAGCCUUCGCAAAGACAAAAACUCCUUGCAAAUCCAGAUGUUUCCAAAUUAAUUAGUGUUUCACUUUCAAAAUCUCUUGGUAUUAAGAAAUAA